AUGUCUCCGCGGGUCUCCAGCUCCUCAAGUGGAACAGGAAGUGGGCAAGGAACACCCCAGUUCACUUUUGUGACAGAGAACAAGCAGUCGGAAGCGCGGAGCCAUGCAAUGAGAGAGCACUGGAAAGGUAGACAUAAGCGCAAACAGGACUCGAAGACAUCGCAUCGGAAGAUGGCCUUAUUGCCGCGAUCUCUAUUGCCGCAGUUGGCGAAUGCCCUAGACGAGGAGAGCUCGCCGGGGUUGCAGUGGGAUAGCGAUAACGACAGGGAUGCGAGUUCGGGUAAGAAGGUGGCGGGGAAGAAACUUGAACCUCAACAUCCUGGCAUCCCAGCCCAGUUGUUCUGUGGCAUGAGCUACGCUCUUUCGAGCUCAAGACCGGACCCGUUCCAAACGUGUCCUGUGCAUUUGACAAGCCAGCACCAGAAACUUUUAUAUCAUUGGAUAGGCACGCAUGCGGCUAUGAUGUUCGAAGACUUAGACGUUACCGAGUUUAAUCCAAUGAGAGAUGUUUGGUUCCCACUGGACCUUUCAAAUGCUUCGUCUUUCAACUGCAUUAUGGCACAUUCAGCUGCCCAUUUGGCUCAUUUAUACGGUGGAACUCUUCCCCGACGAGGAACAACUUCUUCUGAUGCCUUGAAUUACAAGAUUGAAGCUGUUAGGAUACUGCGGCUCUGGAUUAGUGAUCCGGAGACGGAAUUGUGCGAUAACGCCUUUGCAGCUGUUGUUCGUUUGCUCACGUUUGAGCGAUAUUGGGGUACCGUGAAAGACUGGAAAGUUCAUCGUGAUGGCUUACAAAGGAUGAUCAAUGCCAAAGGUGGAGUUGAGGCGUUGCAUGAAAACUGGCGCUUAGAACUUGUGGUUUACCUGUGGGUGCAGAUUCAAAACGAAUAG